AUGUUAUUAUCAGAAGCCAAUGGAUUAUUAUAUUUAACGCUUAUGUUUGGUGCCGCCUCAACGGUGUUUUUUCAUAACACCGUAGUUUCGAUUUCAACUGCACGAAAAAGAGCAAAACCAAAUAAAAUUGAACUCAGGAUUAAAGGACUUUCGCGUUGUCGUUAUCGUUCAAUGUAUAUUACAUCUCCACCCCUUUUUGACUUUGCGAGAAUAAUUUUCAACAUCACCGGUGGACUUCGGUUCAUAUUUCAAUUCAUCUAUUUUGUCUUACCGCCGUUCGUCGAUCCAUCAACAUGUAGAGCCGUCUCGUAUGUUCACGCGACUGUCAACCUGCUAUAUAGAGGAUCUUUACCCGCGUUUUUAUUAUUGAGAUUAAGGAUAAUCGGUGAAAGUAUCAGUAACAUCAAUAACAAAAUCAAUUACAACAGAAAAUCGGAUAAAUGGAUUUCUUGCGUUUUAUUACUUUUAUUUUCCACGAGAAUGAUUUUACAAAUUGCGCACAUUGGAUUUUUAGGACAAACAAUAAUUACAAAGCCUUCGCCGUCAAAUCUCCGUCCAGUUUAUUGUGAUCCAAAUCUUACAGCCGGUUCUCUUGUUUGGGGAUGGGUUAUAGCAGAUUUCCUUAUCGAUAUAUUUGUAACUAUUCAAAUGGUCAGAAUUUUCCAUGAAGCAAACAAAAACCAUAAAGAUUUAUCUACGAAUUCAUCGCAAAGUGUUCGAGGAUCAUUAUAUUUAGCCAUCAUAUUUUGGCACCUGAUCAGAAUUUUUAUUGCAAUUUUAUUGAAUUUAAACACUGUCAUUGAUGCAGCACCAAACAAUUUGGAUCCAAUCAUUAGCCCAACGGUGAAUUUUGUCAUUUGUAUUGCAAUGUCAUAUGUUAUCACCUACGAUAAAGACAUUGUGAAAAAUAUCACUGUUGGACUUGAUGCUAAAACUAAAGAAAGUGCCAAACAACAAAAAUUAUUUCAUCCUAAUGCUGAAGAAUAUAAGAUUUCUAUAUCUAACAGCAGGAGUUACUUUCCAGUCUAUCAAUCCAACUUUGAAGAUAUUCAUUGCUCAAAUGGUGUUUAUGUUGACAAGACACAAUGGAUCUCAAAAAUUGUUAUAAGAAAGGCAAAAUAUUUUGUCUCACGCCCACGCAAAUUUGGGAAGUCUCUUUUCCUAUCAACUCUUGCAGCAUUUUUUCUCAAUAAAUAUCACUUAUUUGAUGAUCUAUACAUUCAAAAAUGUAAUCUUUCACUUUUAAUCCAAGGUCAGAAUGUUUUGUGGUCAUCAACUAUGGCUGCAUUUCCAGUCAUCCUGCUUGACUUUUCAAGAGAUAUUGAGUAUCACAAAGGCAAGGAUCUAUUGGAAGAAUCAUUGACAGACAAAUUGAAGGAAAUUGGUGAAACAUAUGGAGUAACUGUAGUGGGCAAUUCUGUAAAAAAAGCAAUAAGAAGUUUAGUGCAAGCAUUGGCAGGACUUGAGAAUAAUGAAUGGAAACAAGUGGUUAUAUUGAUAGAUGAAUAUGAUGCACCAAUAUUAAAGGUAUUGGAAAAUAAUGAAAAAGGAUUUGAUGCAGCAAAAGAAAAUCAAAGCAUUCUUCGCCUCUUCUUUGAAUCAUUGAAAGCACUGGAGGAAUAUAUUCAGUUUGAGUUUGUUACUGGUAUAUCAACUUUUGGUUACAUGUCAUUAUUUUCUGGAGCAAAUGAUCUUGAAGAUGUUACAAUUGAUGAGUUGUUAAGUGGUGCCUUUGGUUUUACUUGGGAAGAAAUAGAACAUACAGCUUCACUUUUUAAUCAACUGUCAGGUGACCCAAAUAAGAUAAAGGACUGGUAUAAUGGAUAUUCGUGGGAUGGAAACACAUUUGUCUAUAAUCCAUACAGUAUAUGCAUGCUAGCAAAACACAAGGUUUUUAAGAAUUAUUGGGUACAGAGAGGUUCAACAAGUUGGUUGCUGAAAUUUAUUAACAAAAAUUCUAAUUUUAAAAAGUUCCUUGAUCGACAGCAAGUUUCAUUAGAUUUAUUUGGAAAAACUGAUAUAGCACAACUACAAAAUUCAGGUACUUUUAAUUCUUCAAUUUUAUUCCAAGUUGGAUAUCUCACUAUUGUUCAAUACAACAAAACGGAAGCUUUGAUUACACUUGAACCUCCCAAUAAAGAAGUUCGACAAUCAUUUGCUAGUGAUCUGUGGUCUUCCUUUUCUGCAACUAAUGAUGUAGAUGCAUUUGACAGACUUAAAAAACUUUCUAAUGAUUUGCAAAAUUCAUCAAUCAUGAAAUUCUGGGAAGACUUUAAUGUCAUAUUAUCAUCAAUCCCACAUUUUGCUUCUGCUAUAGCUGGUAAAUAUGAAGGUUACUAUCAAUCUCUUGUUCAUCUGACUGUGCAUUUUAUUGGAGUUCCAUUUCGAAGUGAAGAUUCAGGUAGCAUAGGAAGGACAGACAUGUGGAUUGAGACAAUAACUCAUGUUUUCUUUAUUGAAUUCAAAAAAUCUGAUACAAAGGAAUAUACAAUGAUAAAAAAAGUUGCAGAUAAAGGUUUAGACCAAAUAUAUGAUAGGAAAUAUUACAAAUGUUUCCCUAAUGAUAACAAUAAGAUAACUGUAGCAGUUAGUUGUGUUUUUUCAACUGUAACCAAACAAAUUGCUUGUGUAUUAGAACAGGAAUUUAAAUGCAUUAGUGGUUAUGUUAAUAAAAUGGAAUGUAAGGAAUUAAAGUUAUAA